AUGGAAUCUAGCAUUGAAUGCAUAUCAACCGUUGAUAGCAGCAUGAUGGAUGAAGAUGAGAUCUCUCACCCCCUUUCAUUUUCUAUGUUUCCUUCUCCAAAGCCCAUUUUUCACAACAUUCAUCCACCCACCACAAGUGUUCAUGAACUUCUUGAAUGCCCUGUUUGUACCAAUUCUAUGUACCCUCCUAUUCACCAGGAAACUCAUGUCAAACCCCAAUUGAUUAUUAUAUAUGAAAAAUUUAAGUGCCACAAUGGGCAUACCCUCUGCUCCACCUGUAAAAUUAGGGUUCAAAACAGAUGCCCAACUUGCAGACAAGAACUCGGAGACAUACGUUGUUUGGCGCUAGAAAAAGUGGCUGAAUCUCUCGAACUGCCUUGCAAGUUCAUUACAGUUGGAUGCCCUGAAAUAUUCCCUUACUACAGCAAGUUGAAGCACGAGGCGCUUUGCAAUUUCAGGCCUUACAACUGCCCGUACGCUGGAUCGGAGUGCUCGAUUAUUGGGGAUAUUCCAUACCUGGUUUCUCACCUCAGAGACGACCACAAAGUCGAUAUGCAUUCUGGUUGCACGUUUAAUCAUCGCUAUGUUAAAUCCAACCCUCGAGAUGUAGAGAAUGCCACCUGGAUGCUAACUGUUUUCCAUUGUUUUGGGCAGUAUUUUUGUCUACAUUUCGAAGCAUUCCAACUAGGGAUGGCCCCAGUUUACAUGGCAUUUCUGCGAUUCAUGGGAGACGAAGCAGAUGCUCGUAACUACAGCUACAGUUUGGAAGUGGGUGGAAAUGGAAGGAAACUAACAUGGGAGGGGACCCCACGAAGCGUUAGAGACGGUCACAGAAAGGUUCGUGACAGUCACGAUGGACUCAUUAUACAGAGAAACAUGGCACUUUUUUUCUCAGGAGGUGAGAGGAAAGAGCUCAAGCUUCGUGUAACGGGCCGAAUAUGGAAGGAACAACAAGGCCCGGAUGGUGUAUGCAUUCCCAAUCUAUCUAUGUAAUUAAUUAAGGGUUUCUCUUUAUUUUUUUCAUCCAUCAUCUAAGCUGAAAGAAACAUCAUCUUUUUUUCAAUUAACUAAUAUUAUUAUUACAUUCUUGAAAAGUAAACAACUAUUUCU